UCGUUUUUUUUACUUUAACUUUGUUUUAACAAACAUUAUAUUUUUAUUUUAGGGAAAAAAAGGUUUUUUUUUGUGUGUUUUUGAAAUAUUCCCUUAGAGUUGCGGGUAGAUUUCAAUUUUCAAGAGAUAAUGUUCUCCAAGGUUUUUGUGCGAUUUUUAAUGGGAAAUUUUCCCCAUAUUUUUCGGUUUUUUGUGAUAAAUUGUUCUACAGUUUUAUUUGCGUGUGUUUUUGAACUGUUGCCUAGACGGUUUCCGGGUGUAUUUAAAUUUUUAUUUGCGAGAUGUUUUUUUUCUCCGUGGUUUCAUUUGGUUUAUUUAAAUUUUUGCGAGACAUUUUUCCAAGUAUUGGUGUGUUUUGCCUUUGAAGAAAAUAAGUUUUCUCAAGAACAGUUUAAUAGUUUACUAUAGGGAAAAAAAAACAUUAAAUUACUUACAUACCUACAUUGUGUUCACAACUUUGCCGUUUGGUCGAAAACAACUGUUUGAAAUAUUAUGUGCAAAUAAAAUAAAAUAAAAAACAACAUUUUCAUUUUUACGUCUGGGUACGUUGUUUUUACCUAUCGCACCAAAUACAUACAAGGCACUCCGAAUCGAAUCAAAUUUAUUCAUCUGACUUUAGUUACUAAGACCUAUUUCUCACUGAACUACAAGUGUUGGAAAAAAAAAACCAUCAUGCAAUUCAAAAGUGCUGUUAUUUUUUGCGCCUUGUACUUCGUGACGGUGACACAGAGCGUCGGACUCAAUAAGGAUCAAGUCCAAAAGAUUGUUAUUUUUUUCAAAGGACACGGAAAACCUAUUAGCAAAAUUCCCAAUGAAGGUAUCGAAAAAUUGGUGGACGAUUUCGGCAUGAAUAAUUUUUCGGAUUUGAAUUACAACAACGGUAUGACCUAUGCUCAAAAAGUACAAGAUCUUUUGGUAUUUCUGGCCAAUUACGAUAAGCGCUUUGAUGACUGGUGGAAGGAAUCAAUUUUAUCGUCUUACGAAGUAAAAGUUUAUAUGGGUGCGUUCAACAUAUACGACCUAAAUGGCACACACGAUGGUCUACUUGACUUCAAUGAAGUAAGACAAGUCAUUGACGUUUUUAAUCUAGACGAUGCCGACAAAAACCGUUUAGCAGCCGCAUUUGACAAAAGUGACGUUGCAAUCAACGCUUCGGAGUUCUUGUUGGGCUUUAUGAGAGAAAAAACAGAAGGCAGAGGUCUAGACGUGGAUCGGAUUCAGGACCUCAUUGAUUUACAUAAUAAUCACAGAACACAUGGCGAUCACAUUGACUCUGAUAAAAUAAAGGAGUUUUUCAAAAAGUUGUCUAUAGUUAAAAACGACCACGAAGACCAGCUAUUGGAUUUCAAAUCAAUUCGAACCUCUGCUUUUGAGUUGCAAGAGCUAUCGGUUGUGUCUGCAGAAUACAAUAAAGAUGUCGACAUAAAAGCUGGCAGUGUAUUGACUACUGCGGUAGUUAGAUUUUUGAUAUGGCAGUUCAAUACACACGACGAUAACAAAAACGGUUUACUUGGUACAGUCGAAUUCAAAAAACUUUCAAAACAUCAUUUCCCAAACGAAGAUGGUAGUUUAAUAGUAUGGAAAUUCGAUACCGAUGGUAAUACUGCAAAGCACAACGUUAACGAAAUUAGCUUAAUUUCUUACGUACCCAUAAGUUUUAGGGUAUUAUUGAUAAGAUAGAUUCUUAGCUGUUAAGGUUUACAUUUUAAGAACAAGGAAAAUACAUAUUUUUCUCUCUUUUUAGACAUUUUCAUGAUUUUAACGCGACUAGGAAGGAGUGGUUUUACAAUUUUAUAAAGAAAAAAAUGUCUUAUAGUUGCAUACUUAAUAUUUCAUGAUAGCGGUUAAAACUUCAAAUAUUAAUGUGGAUCUAGAGACAUAAAAAAUUAACCUCUUAACCAAACGUAUUGUACGUUAUAGAUGACAACCGAUUGAACAUUGCAGAGUUCUUCAUGGCCAUAAUUACAACAUACUUGGAAGCGGGCCAUAAUGCGUAAGAAUUUUUGUUGAAUUAAAUAAUAAUAUAAUAAAUAAUUUACAAACCUACAAUAACUUUUUUAAGGGUGCUUCAAUAUUGAGUAAUUAUUGAUGUAUUGUGUUUCUUUUCAAAGCUAUUUAGUUUAACCCAUCAACGACGACAAUAUAUUAGAUUACAAUGGUUUAUCGUCGUUGAUGGGUCAAUGCUGUAAAUGAAUGUACAAAGAUA